AUGCGCUUCUCCAGCUUCCUCGCUCUCACUGCCGCUACUCUGGCGCUCGCCCAUCCGGGUGAGAAGCACGACCCUGCCGUUCUCAAGAGGGAAAUCAGGGCUCGCGAUGCCCAGGCAGUCAGGGCAAAGCAGGCCUUGAACACCUGCUCCAACUCGAACGCAGCUGUUCAGUUGAACAAGCGCAAUGUCGCUCGUCGUGCACGCACCACGCGCGAGCUGCGCAAGGAAAAAGGCAUUACUGCCAACCCUCAAAAGUGGCGCAGAGAUCUAGCAGCCCUAGAGGAAUGGGAGGCUAUCGAUCACAACAAGACCGGUAUCCUGAACUACGGACCCAACACUCCUGAGGAGGCAAUCUUCGGCGGCAACACCAGUGCCAUCCUCUCGCCCACGAUCACUGACGGCCCUUACUACAUCUGGGGAGAGACGACUAGGGAAGACGUGAGAGAAGAGUUGUACUGUGAUGGCGUCGACGUCUUCCUCGAGGUUCAAUACAUCGAUGUCAACACCUGCCGGCCCAUUCAGGGUGCCUACGUUGAUAUCUGGAACGCCAAUGCUACUGGCAUCUACAGUGGUGUCGUCGCCCAAGGUAACGAGGCCCAGGACGGCUGGGACUCUACCUACCUCCGAGGUAUCCAAGAGUCCAAUGAAGACGGCAUCGUCACCUUCAAGACCAUAUUCCCCGGCCACUACGACGGCCGUGCAACCCACACCCAUCUCCUCACCCAUCUCGGGUCUACUGUCAACCGCAAGAACGGAACUCUCCAGGUUGGAACCGGCAGCGUCGCGCACAUUGGCCAGCUGUUCUGGAACGAGGUGCUCCGCUCUGCCGUGGAGGAGCUAUCUCCCUACAGCGAAAACACACAAGAAAUCACCAGCAACGCAGAGGACAUGUGGAGUGUCGAGCAGGCCAGCUCUGACUACGACCCUUUCCCUGAAUACGUCUACCUCGGCAACGGACUGCAGGAUGGCCUGUUCGCGUGGAUCCAGAUCGGUAUCAAUGCGUCUGCCGAUUACACGGACAACUCAUACUACAGCAUUGCUGGGUACUACGAUGAGGACGGCGGCCACGAGAACACUGACAGCAGCGCGAUGGGAGGUGGCGGUGGUGGUGGCGGUGGCCCAGGCUCGUCUGGUGCUCCCUCUGGUGCUAUUCCAAGUGGUACCGCUGCGCCUUCAUCGUCUGCUUAA